CCCUCUCUGUUACUCUCACAUCACCUGUAUGUGUUUAUGGCAGCUAUCGCCGUCGAAGAUUAUGACAAUAUUUCUCAGGAAAAGCAAGACCUACUCUUACACAAUCCGCCAUCCAAAACGAAUGCGAAAUGUACUGAAUGUGGCAAGCACUGUGCUAAUAAGAGAGUCCUGCUCCGUCAUUAUAAAGAAGUUCACAAAGUUACUAAGUACAAGUGUCCAGUAUGUGGAAAUUUUGAGAAAUCCGCUGGGCAAAUGGCUGGUCAUCAAAGGUUUUAUGAUCAUAAGUACUGAUACCAGAGGUCUUUCUGCUGGAUUUUUUUCCUUGUCGUUUAAGUUGAGUCAGUAUAUGGUGGAUCCGGGAAUAUGCCUAGGAACUUGUGUUUGGAAGAGAAGAGAUCUUGAUAAAGCUAAAAGUUGCUUAAACUGUGGCCUUGAACAGACAUACUAGGAGUCGCAUGUCUCACUGCCUAUUUUCUGACGGGAUGUUGGGACAUUAAUAUGCUUCUGCAGUCACUAAAAGGAUACAAGAAUGCUAAGAAAGAUGAAAGGAUGAGGAUCAGUUCUCAUAUGUGUUACAACUGCGUGAUGACAUACAAGUAUUUUGAGGACUAUGAGACGGCCCUUGCUGGAUUUGAAGCUGCUGAAUUAAUGGAUCCUGGUCAUAAUGCUCUAGAGCAAGCAUUUAAUCUGUAUGAGAUUCUUGAGGGAAUAAACUCUUUCCUUCAGGAUCUGAAUGGGGCUAAGCUGCAUGGUUCUCCUACAUCAUCGCUUCCUGCUGUUGAAUCACUAGCAUCAUCACUUGCUUCUGUUGAUUUGAAUCCUACAUAUGAGAAAGCUACUUUGGACCGCCUAACUGAAGGUCCUAAUCUAAGAAAAGCAGUCACAGGAAAAGUUCUGUUUUCGCUUAAGAAUCUGAGUGAAAAUCCAAUAUACUAUGUUGUCUGCGAUUCUGACCGCACAUGUUUUGUGAUUACUGUUUAUGGCGUAUGCAGCACUGCAAUCAAAGAAGAAGAUCAGGCCACACUAUUGGAUCCUUUCUACCAUAUCUUUGAUUUUAAAUCUGAGAGGAAAGGUAACCUUCAAUUAUUUGAAUCUCUGUUUCUUGUGCAGCCAUUGCUACUCUGGUUCUUCUUUACUUCCAUACAUCUCAAAUAUUUUCUCUAAUUUGGAAGUUAUACAUAAGCUGCUACAACCUGCUUUUAUUGGUUUGUAUUUCUACUAGUAAGGGAUGCGCUGG